AUUUGUAAACAUCUUUAUCAAACAUCUGCUUAUUAAAUAUUGAUUGGAGUGCACUUCCUGAUAGAUGAGAUGUUCUGAGUAGAACACGUUUAACAAUAAAUACAAACAUCUGUUGCGUUUUCACCUUUAGUGGAGGAGGCGUUUGGUGCUGCGCACACGGGGGUGUGGUGUAAAAAAAAGGUAUGUGAUCCGUUCACUGUCACAUGACGAAUUGUAAUAUAUUUCUUCAGCUUGAUUACAGGAAGAAGACUAAAACUGUUUGUGUUGUAAGAUUUAGCUGUGAUCAGGUGCUUUGAAAUGGAAUACCAACCUAUCAUGAGCGGUCAGAACAGAAAUUAUGGGAUUGCGAACCCCGGUUUCGCACCAGCAGCGGUGGGUGCGGCAGCAAUGUUCGCCCCACCCACAGCUGAGUCCCAGAGCCCCAGCGCUCCUCCGGCCAGCAUGUUUGACAACGUUCCAGGGUACGAAGGCACCGUGAUGGGCGGAGGUGGAUUUCUGCCGCCUCCCAUGCCUGCUUACCCAGCUCCCCAACCUACACCUUCGCCCGAAGCACCACACUGGAGUAUUCCAUCUAUAGAUGAAGAUACUGCCCGGGGCGCCUUUGUCCUGUUUGCCUCCAGCAAAUGCUGCUACAGUUCUGCACCUGCGAAGGAUGGUGUCAUCACCAACAUGGAGGCAUUCAAUACCUACAGAUACCGCCUGGAAACAUUUACUGAAUCGAGGUCUACAGAGUGGAGUCAGGAACCAUACCAAGGCCAGUCAGUGGAUGCCUUUGCUCAGCAACCUCCAGGGCCUUGGGAUGUUCCUGCUAAGCAGCCCAGUUUUUUUGUAGAAGACAAACAGUGUAUCAAGGUUCCUUACACGUCGUCUGUCAAGCCCUGCCACAACUGUGUGGGAAUGGGGCGAAAACCCUGCAACCAAUGUGCUGGUGCCGGUAAUAAAGUUUGUUGGGUGUGCAAUGGAUCUGGUUAUCGUCAAGGAAACGAUCGAUGCCUCCACUGCAAUGGCAGAGGGAGAGACAACUGCAGUCACUGUCAUGGACAAGGAUCAAAGCAAUGUGACAUCUGUCGUGGAAAACAGCAGCUUCUGGUCUACAUCAAACUCACUGUGAAAUGGACAAACAACUCUGAUGAUUAUGUUGUGGAGCAGUCAAGCGGACUUCCGGUGGAAAACCUUCGUAAAGUGUCUGGAAAGGAGCUUUUCAGAGACUCUAAGUACAUGGUGUACCCUCUGAUUGGCUUUCCAGACCCUUCAGUGAUGCAGGCUUCGCAGCGCCUUGUCAGCGAUCACCAGGGCAAAUACUUGCAGACAUCUCGCAUUCUACAGCAGCGUCAAAUCAUAGAGUUGAUCCCAAUUACAAAGGUCACCUACUCAUGGAAACAGAAAUCCCACAUUUACUUUGUUUAUGGAAACGAGUUCAAAGUUAGUGCCGAUGACUACCCUGCUACCUGUUGCUGUUCUGUAAUGUAAUUGCAGUGGUUGGUAAUGGCACUUUUUUUCUUUUUACUUUCCGAGCCAUUGAAUAUUUGAGUCAAGUGUACUUACUUUUAAAUCAGUUUAUGUGUCACUGUGACACUAUUAUUUGUAAAUAAAAACAGAACAAAAAAAUCUGCAUAACAUUUCGACUGGGUGAGUAAGUGAAAUUGAUUCAAACAUGAUGUAUCAAAUGUUGGCAUAGAGAAUAUUAAUGCUCUUGGCACAGGUACCGUGCUCAUGUGUGGAGGCUCCAUAAAUGCCAAACAAUAAAUAAAACAUGCUGCCAUCCAGCUGAUGUUUUAUUUAUGAAAGGACUUGCUAAAACUGUCACAUACAACAGUAUGGUAUGAUAGUAAAACUGAAAAAAGUUGAGAAUUAGCCAAUAUUAAAAAAAAAAAAAUCAAAGGGAUUUCUUCAUUUCGGAAUUUGAUAUGUUGUCCUUGCACUGCUUUUAUUGAUAUUUUGCAUAGUAUCCCACUGUUUUCUGGAAAUUUUACAGGGAUGAACUGACAAUGUGGAAGAUAAGAGAAUGUUUGAUUAACUAUGUGGGAACUAAUAUUUCCAAUAUCAUUUUUAUGUGUAUGUACUAUUUGUAUAUGUAUAGCACAGAAAAUUUUUUGCACUCUUAUAUAGUAAGCCAUAACCAAAAUAUUUUUUCUGAAUUCUUUUUUUACCAAUGUUAUGUUUUCAUAAUAUAUAACAACAAAAAAAAGAUAAACAAAUUAAUUUGCUACUUUGGCAACACUAAUUCAUGUUUUUUUUUAUGCCAGUAUCUUUUUAAAGAUAGAAAUAUAUAUUUUUCCGGUCAUAUCUGUAAAUCUCAGCACUUAUUUGAUUAAAAACUCUUGCAAUGUU